AUGUUUCAAGAUGAUUCUGAUGAACAAGAAAUAGAUACAAUGCGUAAUAUGAUGACACGUGAUGAUUGUGCUAGUAAUCUGUGUAAAUCAAAGUGGGGUUAUUGUGGAACGGGACCAGAUUAUUGUGGUGAUGGUUGUUCAGCGGGACCCUGUUCUGGUGGUAACGGUGGAAAUGGAAACAAUGGCGGCGGCGGUGGUGGUUCCAUCAUCACAGAUCAAAAUUUUGCCUGUACAUUCAACACAAUAGACGCUGGAACGAGACAAAGCCGACUCAAUGGCCUUAGAAAUUCAGGUUGGAACCCAUCGAACAAGGAUGAAGCAGCUGUUUUUCUUGCUCAUGUCUUCCACGAAACUGAUGGUCUCAAAACAAUCCGAGAAUAUUGUGCUCCAGGUUGUGGCUCUCAUUAUGCUGGAUCAUGGUGUGGUGUUCAAGGUGCGCCUGGUAAAUUGUACUAUGGUCGUGGAUGGUUCCAACUAUCGUGGCCAUGCAACUACUAUGGAGCUGGACAAGCUUUAGCGGUAAAAACUGCAGUUUGGUUUUAUAAUGCAAAUAAUAUGGCUGGACCAGCUAAGCAAGGUGACUUCGCAGCCACUACUCGAAUCAUUAACGGAGCAUUGGAAUGCAAUGGAGGAUCAGGAUAUAAUAAUCAAAUGACUCGAGUAGCAACAUACAGACGAAUUCGAUACUGCUUUGGCAUGGGAGAACCAAAUAGAAAUCCAGUGUGUUAA